GAUGAAGUUACAAAAACGACGGCGUCACUCGCGAAAAAAUGUCUGCCACGAACCAAGUGACGCGAACAACGAUCCAGCUGUACCGCGACUGCCUGCGUCUAGCCAAGCACAUUGGUGGCAACAGCAAGAAGGGCCAAGCUAUCAGGGAGCUGGUGCGACGCGAGUUCGACAAGGGCCGCAGCGAGACUGACCCGGAGAAGAUUGAAGCGCUGAAGGCUAAUGCCGUCCGCGGACUGAGCAAUUACCUGAUGCUGGCCAACUCAAGCAAGGACCAGCGGCUGCAAGAAGCCAUGAACAAGAAGUCACCGCCCAAGGACGGCGGACCUGAGCAGGCCGAGUACCGGGACCUGUAAGUUAGAGCGACCUCGAUGUGCUUAAAGCGUUGGGGUUUCCUGUGCAGUUAGGUACCACUGGAUGGAUGGCUGCCGUGUCCAAAACUUAGAGGCUCCUUUGCAGAUACGGGAAGACGAAAAAUGUAGCCACACCCGUGAUCGCAUUAUCAGGCUGAUAUUAAUACCGCACUUUGCAUUGAAUUUUA